CGGGUCCAAACAAACAAAAAUAAACAAACACCGGGGUAUUGUUGUUGAUUUAUUAUUUAUUGAUAAAAUAAAGUGAAAUAAUGUCUUCCCUGAGUGGUUAUGAUAGCGAUGCCAUUGGAUUUGAGUCUGUAUCCCAGAGCAAAAGGCUAGAAACUAGCACAUCGACGCAAACUAGUGAGUAUGGGGAGUCUGGAGUCGGUUCGCAGACGAAUUUCACCAAAGAUUGUGGGUCUACCGCUUCUCCUAGUGACCUGAACGCUCAAGAAGACGUCUUGAAAGAGUAUCCCCCUCCUGGAUUAAACGCCUUCCUCAGAAAAGUCCUACCAGGCGUGCUGGAGCAACUAGAUCAGAAUGAUAGGGAGAUGCUGUAUAAUUCUUCAGAUUCUGAUGAAGAGGAGACGGUUACAGCUAAACUAUUCCAAGAAAUGAAGACUAAUAAAGACACCCCUGGCUUAGGAAGUGGAGACCAUCAGCUAGCGUCCAUCUUAUCUCUAUCCUGGAGCAGUGCAGGCAACUCUUUAGCUGUAUCGAUCGGGCAGACGCAGCAUGAGCGUUGGUGUGAACAUGAAGGCUUGAUCAGGGUCUACACAGUCCGCAGAACAGCCGGAGACAAGCUAGUCCACUCAAUUGAUAUCACUGAGAAGAACUGCGUCACAGUUGUCAAGUACCAUCCGUCUGUAGCCGCGCUGUUAGCAUACGCCACGAGUUCCGGCGAAGUCGUCCUAUGUAAUUUGAGGGAUUCUGGAAAUGUUAAUGAGGGGAUGCAGUUGACGUCCCCUGCUGGCUGUCACGGAGGCCGCAGCGUCUCUGCUUUACUCUGGGCUGAUGCAUCCUUAGCUCACAUGUUUUUGACCAUGCAAAUCCAGAAUACAGGAAAAAGGCGCGGCGCCUCCGAUCAGAUUCUGAUCUCCGCUGGGUCAGACGGCACCAUCAACGUUUGGCAAGUGAAUGCCAACCUGAAAAUAUUUGAAAACGUAGUGUCUUACGCCCUGAAUGGGUCUAAGAAGGUACCAGCGCCGGAUAUCAGUUGUUUCGACUUCAUAAAGAGUUAUCCACUGCGGCCGUCUGAGGAGAAGGUCGCUGAUGACGUGUUUGUGGUGGGCUCCAAGGCUGGAGGACUGUUGCUGUGCCGCGUGAAGACUGCUCAGCCGCUACUUGAGAGCAAGAUGGCGGAUCCGGUGUAUGACGUGCUGGACAGCCACGGGACCUGUGUUCUGGACGUGGCCUUCAGUCUGCAGAGACCUGGGAUCUUCGCGUCGGUGUCUAUCGACUCGGAGUUGAGGGUGUAUGAUAUCAACCAGGGAAGUCCUUUGAAGGUCAUCUGCCUAGACACACCAGUGUCCUGUAUGUCUUGGCUUCCAAACAACCCAUGCGUGCUCGUGCUAGGCCAGGCGCGAGCUGAGAAACAGCUGGUGCGGCUUCUAAACGUAUCUGGAGGACGCGCGGUGCCGGUUGAAGGGUUGACUGGUGCGGGGACGGUUACUGCUGUCGCUGUCAACCAGAGCGGGUGA